UUGUUUUCAGUCUGCUGUGGUUAAGAAAUGGCCGGAAUUAUUCGUUCGCUAGAUACGGCCAGAAAAGUGUUUCUUCUGAGCAACAAACUCGUGGAUGUAACGGCACAACGUUAUGCCAGUUCCAACCGUGUUAAACGAAUAAAAAAGCCGGAAAUCACAAACCGAGAUGCAAAUCAGGCAAAAUCUGCUGAGAUGCGCGCCGAGAUUGAACAGCAAGGAGCAUUAUACGAAGGAAAACGAUUCGAAUCAAUUGCACAAUCAAUUUCAUCACGCGGUUACUUGAGAGCAGUGAAACCCUAUGAUCCUCCUCAAAACGUGGACAAACAGAUAUAUAAAAUUGCCAAAGACAGUGGCAUAACCAAUCCAACGCAACCAUUUAGUGGCACGGAACAAAAAUUUGUUUUCCUUUCAAUAUGCAGUGAUGCAUUAGGACAUUCCGUACCUAAUUCUAUACUCCAUGAUGUGCAUACCGUCGAAGAUGCAGUGGUGUUCUAUCAAACUGCAAUUGAUACCCGACUUCCUUUGGAUGCAAUCAGUGGAAUGGAGUUGCCAGAAAAUCUACACAUCCAGCGCGAACCGAUUCGCUUCCAUCCUGAAACGGAUACCAUGUUCGGUGGAAAGUCAGCUUUCCCCAAGAGCUCAACGGUCGUUACAGGACUCAAGUACAAAAGGAAAUAUUCUGGUCACGAGGCGAAGAAGUCGUGGCCUUAAACUAGAAAGAGUUAGAUUGAACCGUUGUAGACGUCAAUAGUUUGUAUAAUAAACAGUCUGCGGUACAUUA